GCAUAAUGGAAAGAGAAAAUUAGCACACAAAAGAAUAGAAAGAGAAGAGAAAAAAGUAAUAAUCUAUGGGAGAAACUUUGUAUAGCGACGUCACUUAUGUUGCGGUGAAUCAAGAUUUUCGAGAAAGUAAACAAACUUUGUCAUGGGCAUUGAAGACUCUUCCCGUUAAGAAGCUUUGCCUUCUUCAUGUUCGUAUUCCAUUUUCGCUGAACCCUUCUUCAUGUGAGCUUGAUGAAAGUGAGAUCAAUGCAAUCCAAGAGUCAGAGCUAAAAACUUCAAAGGAUAGCCUCUACAAGUACCGUGAUUUCUGCACAAACAAAGGGGUGCAGGUUAAUGAAGAAGAUGUAUUACUCAUAUCAGGAUAUGGUGUUGGUGAAGGGAUUGUGGAACUCAUCAAUCAAAAAAAUAUCAAGAAGCUCGUUAUGGGAGCAGCAGCUGAUCCUCAUUAUUCCAGGGGAAUGUCUAUCACAUCUAGAAAAGCAGAGUACGUGAGUCGACAUGCACCUACUGGCUGUAAAAUGUGGUUCAUCUGCAAAGGGAAACUCAUCAAGACAAGAGAAGGAAGUUUCGACCUUGGUACGUCUACUCAGAAACCAAACAAAGGAAACGAAACCAAUCCAGAUAAAGAGCAUUCUAGACAGGAACAAGAUGAUGUUAAAAAAAGCAAUGGGCAAGCAGACUCAACUCCAAAACCUCCCGAAGAUUUCCUUUGUCCCAUUUCAAAGGACAUAAUGAGAGAUCCUCAUGUGGCUGCUGAUGGUUUCACAUACGAGGCCGAGGAAAUCAGAACCUGGCUAAAUGGAGGGCAUGAUACGUCGCCAAUGACAAGAGCUAAGUUCGCUCAUCAACAUCUUACCCCAAACUACACUCUUCGUUCACUCAUCAAGGAGUGGCUGCAGCACCACCCAAAUUAUAGAUAUUGAAUAAUUAUAUAAUAAUAUUUUGGAGAUAAUUAUAAAAUGUGAUUAUGUUGUGAGUUUUUGGAAUUUAUUUGUGAGAACAAUAUGAUAUAAAACUUUGUGUGUUUACUGUUA